GUCACUUCUGCUUCAGUUUAACCGCUAACUCUGGCCACAUGUCCGGCUUGCAAUGUUAAAACACAACGUUAUUAACAUAUAAUCAUUUACAGAGUACUUACACGAGUAUAUGUCAAACAGUGAGGGAUCUGUCGUUUACACGUUCAGCGUAAUCCAAGCUGCCUUCACAAGCGCCACUCUGUUCUUGAUUGUUGUGAAAUUAUGCUCCCGGCUACCACAGCACUAUGUUUGCGCUACGUUGUCGACGGCUUCUAAGGCCAGUUUCACCUCCAGCUGCACGCUUCUCACCGCCUCUGUAUUUUGCUCAAUACACUAAAAUUCUGCAGAAGAAGCCGAAGUCUUCGGCGGUGGAGCCAGAGCCCUGCAGCCCUCUUCCUGCUCCUCUGUCCCCGGAGCAGCUGGACAGGAUCGCCCGCAACAAGAGAGCAGCGUUGGAGAAACUCGCUUCCGCUCAAAUACCUCCAGGGUUUGGGGAGAGCUGGAGAAAAGGACUGUCGGCUGAGUUUGGAAAGACCUACUUUAAACAAUUGAUGACCUUUGUUUCUGAUGAGAGGAAACGCCACACUGUGUACCCACCUGCUGAACAUGUCUUCACCUGGACGCAGAUGUGUGACAUCCGGGAUGUGAAAGUUGUGAUUCUUGGCCAGGAUCCUUAUCAUGGUCCUAACCAAGCCCAUGGAUUGUGCUUCAGUGUUAAAAGACCAGUGCCUCCUCCACCCAGUUUGGAGAACAUGUACAAAGAACUCAUCUCUGACAUUGAAGGCUUUCAGCACCCUGGACAUGGAGAUCUGACUGGAUGGGCCAAACAAGGUGUGUUGCUGCUCAACGCUGUGUUGACUGUCAGAGCGCACCAGGCCAACUCCCACAAAGACAGAGGUUGGGAGACCUUCACUGAUGCUGUGGUGCAGUGGCUCAGCAACAAUCUUGAAGGCCUUGUCUUCAUGCUGUGGGGAUCGUAUGCCCAGAAGAAAGGAGCCACUAUUAACAGGAAACGCCACCACGUUCUGCAGGCUGUACAUCCUUCUCCCUUGUCUGCUCAUCGAGGAUUUUUUGGGUGCAGGCACUUCUCAAAGGCCAACGAAGUGCUACAGAAAUCUGGAAAGUCUCCAGUGAACUGGAAGGCACUUUAAGUUGUUCUGCAUGUCGGCUCUUCUAACAUGCAUGUUGGUUAACUACAGACCAACAGACCCAUAAGCUUUCUCAGUUUUCUGUUUUAGCAACAGUACGUGCAGAGAUGAAAGAGUUCAUGUUGGCAGUUUACAUUCUACAGUUUUGUGCUAUACACUGAACUUUCAUGAAACCAUUUGUUGGGAUGCAUAGUUAUUUCAUCUGCACCUGUCAGUUUCAACAUUGUAAAUAUGUUUGCAUUUUUUACUUUUUUAUUGAAAUAUUGGUUCUAUUAAAAGUGGUUGCAAAAAGUG